AUGGUUUCAAUUGUGGACCCAUUGUCGUUUCUUGACAGCCCCAAAAUUAAUUGGAAGUUAAUUAUCGCAGGAUUUACAGUUGGUCAAUAUGUGUUUGAAACCUAUCUCGACUAUAGACAAUACCAAGUUUUGAAGAACAAAUCGCCUCCAGCAUCGAUCAAAGCCGAGGUAGACCAAUCAACAUUUGACAAGUCACAGAAGUAUUCCCGUUCAAAGGCGAAAUUCUCCAUUUUUUCAUCAUCCUUUGGUUUGUUGCAAAACUUGGCCAUUUUACACUUUGACUUUUUGCCUAAGCUUUGGUCCAAAAGCGGUGCAAUAAUGAGCGCUAUCGGGUUUCUCUUGCCUAAGUUCAUGGGUGGGGUCAUCACUCAAUCAAUCAUAUUUGUUUUCACCUCGCAGGUGUUAAGCACCAUUGUUGGCUUGCCUUUGAGUUACUACAGUAACUUUGUCUUGGAAGAAAAAUACGGUUUUAACAAGCAAACUAUAGGAUUAUGGAUCUCAGACAAGUUGAAAGGAAUUGGCCUCCUCUUUUUCUUGGGAUCUCCAGUGAUUGCCGGCGUGUUGAAGAUUAUUGACUAUUUUGGUAACUCAUUUAUCUUCUACUUGAUGGGAUUCUUUUUGUUCAUCAACUUGGUUGCAAUGACAAUAAUUCCAACUUUGAUUAUGCCUUUGUUUAACAAGUUUACACCUUUGGAAGAGGGUGAACUAAAGACCGCCAUUGAGUCGUUGGCCGCGUCACAGGAAUUCCCUUUACAAAAGUUACAGGUUAUAGAUGGAUCCAAGCGCUCUUCCCAUUCAAAUGCAUACUUCACUGGGUUGCCUUGGAGUAAGCAAAUUGUUUUAUUUGACACCUUGAUCGAGCAUAACACUAUUGAAGAAACGGUUGCAGUAUUGGCGCACGAGAUUGGCCAUUGGAGAUUGAAUCAUAUUCCUAAAAUGCUUGCUAUGCAACAGGUUCACUUCUUUAUCAUUUUCUCCUUAUUUUCAGUAUUCGUCAACAACAAAUCUUUGUUUACCUCGUUUGGUUUCUACCGAGAGCAGCCAGUUUUGAUUAGUCUCAUGCUUUUUGGUGACAUUUUACAACCAUUGGAGUGUGUGUUAACUUUUGUGCAAAACUUGGUGUCAAGAAAGCACGAGUAUGAUGCUGAUAAGUAUGCUUUUGAUUGUGGAUACGCUGAAGAAUUGAGUAGAUCAUUGAUCAAAUUGUCAAACAAGAAUUUGUCAAGUAUGAAUGCCGACUGGUUGUACUCAUCAUUCCAUUAUUCACAUCCUAUCUUGCCUGAGAGAUUAAGUGCAUUAGGUUAUGUCUCAAAGGAAAAGAUUGGAAAAGGCGAUCUCAAACCUGAAGGCUUUAAAGAAGUCGAAGUGACUGAAGAAAAGACAGGCAAACAGGACUAA